AUGGUGAUCAGCGCGACCGCGGCGCAGAGCCCGGAGGAACUGGACCCGGUGUGGUACCCGGUCAACCGACUCCGGAACGUGGCGGUGAAGGCGGUCAAGACGUCCCACUUCCUCAUGACGGACAUCGACAUCUGGCCCGACGUCAACGCCUAUUCUGCGCUGCACAUGCGAUAUCGCCUCGAGACGGAAAGGGUCGAGGAUGCUCGCAGCGCGAUCGUGUUUUCGGCGUUUAGCCGGCGACGCUUCUGCGAGGAAGAGGAUUGUUUGCAGUACGCGAAUGACGUUCCCGAAACGAUCGCGGACCUGAAGCCGUGUCUGGAGACCAACACGUGCGGGAGGUUCGACGCGGCGAAUCAGUCGGGGCAGGGCACGGCGUACGUCUACUACUGGCGAAGCAUGCUGCGGCAGCCGAACCAGCGAACUAUGGAGCACAUCUUGUGUUUCAAGUCACACAGGUUCGAGCCAUACCUCGUGGUGCGAAAGACGGCCUUGCUGCCCAAGUUUGACGAGAGAUUCUUGGGGUACGGCAAGAACAAGAUCCAAUGGAUCAACCAUCUGCGAUACAGCGGGUUCUCGUUUUAUGUGAUGCCGGUCAAUUUCGUAAUCCACGCACCGCAUCCCAAGUCUGUCGCGAAGACUUCGUGGGAAAAGACCGGGGGCGGCAAGCAGGGCAAGGGCAACAAGCUCAUGGACCAGACGUUUGAGACGUUCAUGGACGAGCUGCGAGCAGAGAAGGGGCCAGAGGAGGACACUAUCACCAGCCUUUGCCAAAAAGACCGGCCACGUACGGGGCAGAAGAAGAUAUCCCAGUUCAGAAAGCGCGGGGACUCUCCAAAGCUUUGA